AAGCAACAAGCAUAACAACCGAAAGAACUCAUAUAAUAAGUGACAAAAUUACUGAGGAGAGUACUUACAUAGUUAUAAAUGACGAAGCCACUGACAAUUCAAAAAGCGAAGUUAACUUGGAAAGACAGUUGAGAUCCAAAAGAACUUAUAUAACAAUAAGUAACGAAACCACUAACAAUUCAAGUUGUAAAGUCAACUUGGAAGGACAGCUAUUGGAAUUCGAAAGUGCUUACAUAAUAAUAAAUGAUGAAGCCACUGAUGAACCAAAAAGUGAAAUUAACUUGGAAGAACAGUUGUUAGAUCAAGAUCAAGAUCAUAACAAUAUUUUAGUGUUUGAUACAGACUCUUCUGACGAAGAAUCUGAUAGCACUUUUUCUGCUCUAACUUUGUUUUUGGGUCAGACGUUUCUUACCUGGGAUGACGCUCAAAAAUUUUUAGAUAGCUAUGGGUUGGAGAAAGCAAAAAAAGUCUUGAAUCCAGACAAUCAAAGAAAUCGAACAUCAAGUGCAACAGAUUGUAAGUGGAGGGUUAAUGGAAACCUUUCAAAAGACACAUCAAUAAUUUCUUUUACAACUGUUGUGGAUGAGCAUAAUCAUUUGAUGACACCUUCACCCCAAACUAAUAUCGCUAAGUAUCGUAAAUUUGGUGAUGAUAUGGUCGAAUUUGUUGAAUUUUGCAUAUAUCAUGGUGUAACAGGUGCACAAAGUAUUGGGCGGCUCUUGAAAGGAAAAUUUCCUGGGAGAAAGAUUUAUCAGAAGAGCCUUUACAAUGUAAUUCAAAUAGCUAAAAAAAAAUUAACAUCAAGGGUUGAAUAUGAUGCAUCAGAUCUUAUGAGGCACCUGUACUCGCAACGCGCAGAAGAUUCACGUUGGUUUAUAGAAGCAAAAUUUGAUGGAGAGUCAGAGUAUGCAAGAGUAGAGGAGUAUAAGGAACAAAUUCCUACUACAGGUCUCUCAACAAUUACAAAAACUUAUUUUAAUUCCAUUGAAGGGGUUAUUUCAAAGUAUAUUAUGCCGUCGAUGGUAUUUGUUGCUUGUAAUCAGAUGCAAGAAUGUUUUUAUUACGACUGUUUCAAAAUAGAUAUCACGACUAUAAAUCAGGAUCAAAGUAAUAUUGAUUAUGAUGAGGGUCUACGGGAAGACAACUAUGAAGUUGCAAAAAUACAUCUUAUCGAAAUUAUAUCAACAAUCGGUCAAAAUCAAAUUCUAGAAAUAUGGAGAGUUGUAAUAUCCUGCGGUAUCAAAAUGAAUUAUGUUGUGUUAUUAGCAGAUGGCUCUGCUCAGGCCAAAUGGCAUAUAGGACUUAUUGCAACGCGUUGGUAUAAAGAUGAGUUCUUUAGAGACAGUAGUGACAUUUGGCAACAGUCUUUUAUUACUUUAUGCAAAGAUUCAGACCAUAAUCAAAGUGACUAUGAACGUUCAAUAUACAAAUUUGAUUAUAUCAAACAAAUAAGAGGUGCUGAAGUUUAUGGCCCGGUAUUACGAGAGGUCAAUAAUACACGACAAAAAUAUGGUAGAGCACAUGGAAUAAUGCGAAAAGCUCUUGAUCUCGCAAUUUCUACCAAUACAUAUGAUGAGUUAAUGGGUAUCUGUCAUGGAUUUAUACUUGACAAACAAAGAAAUCAAGAAUCGGAUGAAAAAAUGGAAGAUAUUGAAAAUAACAUUAUGAAUCCUGUAAUUACUAUGCGAAGAGGGAGACCACCAGGAAGAGCAAAAAGUGAUGUGGAAGUGCAAGAUCAACGUACUACAAAAAGACAACGUUUACAACCAAUAGAAGUUAAUCAAUCCAAUGAUGAAACUAAGGAUAAAAGAAAGACAUGCCAAAAUUGUGGAAAUAGGGGCCAUAAUAGAGCAACAUGCAGAAUCAAUAAGGAAUAA